UGAUUAAUACGUUGUUUUUUUAAUAUAUUUACGCGCGCCGAAGAGGUGAUAAUAAAAAAUAAAAUAUAAUUAGUGUGUGUGGUAUAACCUAAGGUUCAUAAGGACGUACUAUCAAGUCGCAAUAGAUCGAACUUAUUGAUAGUGUAUAUGUCGACGACUGCUGCCCGCCGCUAAGACGAUGCUUGACAAGCCUUACCCUGAAUCCACAAAUGGCGUCCGUCGUGCACAUGGUCUCUCGGAAAUAUUAUACUUCAACGUUCAUUAAUUUAUGCCAUUAACGCACACUUACCACAUACUCUUUUAAAAGAUCUAUUUAGGUUUUUUUAAAUUACGAUUACACGAGGAUUGUAAAUAGCACGUGUAUAUAGGAGUAAUAGGCAGAGGCGAUAGAUAAGUGGAUUUUGUAGCUCGCUAUGAGUUCAGGCAAUAAAUCGUUGGUGUCCUCCGGUGGGAGAGGAACCAACAAAAGUAAGUCUCAACAACAUGGCAAAUCAGAUCAGCAUCAUUCUAAGACUACAGAUACGGCUAGACAUGAAAAAGGACAAUCUAACAAAGAUCAGGCGAAACAUGCACAAAUAAUUGAUACUCGACCAGGUGGAAUUGAAGAUUCAGGUCUGAAGGAUCAGAUAAAGCAAAUCAUGGAGGUGACUCGUAAAUCAGAGGACGAGGUUAUCAUGGCCCUUCAUGACAGCGAUUGGGAUUUCAAUCGUGCUGUGAAUGACCUUCUCGAGGGCGUUUCUUCCGAGUGGGAGGUGAAAAAGAAGAAACCUCGUCAGCCAAGUGGUUCCAAGCAGGGUGCCGACCAGUCCGGCGAUCAUGAUGAAAGUGGAGGUGGUGAUUGGGAAGAAAGGCGUCAUCAGCGAGGCGGUGGUCCUCCUCGUCUUCGGGGUCGGGCUAAUCAUGAUAAUCGCGGUUUAAUUUCAGGGCGUGGUCGAGAAAACAAGGAAAACGAGAGAAACAUGGAGGACAAUGUACGCGAAGGUGCUUUCGGUGGUGGCCGACGUGGCCGAGGAGGACCAGGUAGAUCCGGUCGCGGUGGGAGAGGUGGUGGCCGAGGUCUUGGUCCGCGUACUUUCGCCAAUCGCGGUGACUCUUCCUCUGGUGCCCAUAGCUUCAAUCGUCCUAUCGACACUUGGACUGGCAGCGAAGAACAACAGCAGAGUAAUCAAGAAGCUAAAAUAGCAAGUGAUCCUUGGAACAACUUGGAACCAUCGGAGGAUUGGGAAAAUGAAGAGUACACUGGCUCUUUAGCUGACACCAAGGUUUUUACACCGAGCACAUCAAUGAACGAUCAAGUGACAAUGGAGGAAUCUAAUAUUGCGUCGGAGACAGCUGUACAAUCAAACGUUCAGUCUGGUAAUCUUGGACUACCGCAAGAAGAUUUAUCAAAAUUAACUGAAGUUCAAGUAAUGCAAUCACAGCAAUCAUCAAUGAUUCAAUCACAGUCUUCGCAAUCUCAACAGUCUCAACAGGCGCUUGGUAUGCCAACGCAGAUGCAACUGUCACAGCAGUCUAAUACAUUAACUGCUGCUCAGAGUCAAUAUCUCACUCAAUUAACUCAACAGACUAGCGAAAAUUAUAAGAGCGCAAACCAGUCCGCUUUCUCAUCGAUGGCUAUUUCUGGACAAACUCAGAGGCAAACCAAACAACGCCCGCGGGUCCCACCACCAUCGAAAAUUCCUUCAAGUGCCGUUGAGAUGCCAGCUGAUACUGUUAACAGCAACAUCGGCUUUCUGGAUGUACAAUUCGGUGCUAUGGAGUUUGGUAACGACACCACCACUAUCGAUGCUACAGCUAAUGAUAAAUACAACUCAUCAUCUGCAAAUAUUUCCGGUAUCGAUGUAUCUUCCAAUGUAACUGCCUCGGGUAUUGCUAAUUCUACAACUUCAUCCAAUACUCUAGACAUUGAUACAGCACAGCAAGGUGGCUCUUAUAAUGCAUCGUCUCAAAUGAUCGCAUCACCAAACAACGCUGGUGUUACUUACGGCAACACCAGCACAAGUUCAGCAACGUAUCAGUCUCAAAAAACGUCAUAUCAAGGAACUAAUGCAGCAUCAUCAAACAGCUACAAUGCGUACUCUUCAACCGGUGGAAAAUCAGUUCAGUCAUCCUUCCCAACUGUUCCUGGUGGCAAUACCAACAGCUAUACAACGACAACAUCAGUUUCUCAGUCUGGCUACAGCGGCUCUUAUCCUCAAUCAAACGCUUCGACCUUCAGUCAAGCCUCUCCUUCAGCGCCGUCAUCUACGGGCACGUCUGCGUACAAUCAAACUACUGCGUCUAACCAAGGAUACCAGUCAUCAAGUGGAUUUGUCCCGGCAACAACCGCUCAGUAUCAAGGACAGCAAUCAGCCAGUACUGGAGUUAACAGCAACACUGGCUAUCAGGCAUCAAACUAUCAGGGUACCUCUUCAUUCCAGUCCACUUCACAGGCCUAUCAACCGUCCGCUACAACAUUUACUUCUCCCAUGACUCAGGCGAAUAGCAGCGCCUAUCAAAAUACAGCGCACUCGGUUUAUGCAAGUGCCUAUGGCAAUUAUAACACUCAAUCGCAAACGCCAUCGCACACUCACACAAAACUAAGUACUGCCUCUGGUAAAGAUUCUCAGUAUGACAAUGUAACAACGAGCAGCAGCUCUUUAGCAACGACUACUGCACCAGCAUUAGGACUGUCCUCAACUUCUGUGAAUAGUUCACAGACUAAAGUGUCAAGUUCAAAUGCUGUGCCAAAAAGUACAUCGAGUGGUAGCACGGGAACAGGAACAAGUGGGAGUAUUACUGGAGCCAGCAGCGCAGGAGGAACUGCUAGUAGCAUGACUCCUAUGCUAAGUCAUCAGUAUAUUAUGAGUCAAGGUGUACCUUAUCCGACGUUUCAGCAGCCACUGUACAGUUAUGAAGACUUGCAACUGAUGCAGCAGAGAUUACCCCACAUGCCAACUACUGGUUACUAUGACGCGGCACUGGGGUAUCAGACGACUGGUCCAGCAACAAGUCUCGGAGGUGGAAGGAGCGACGCAUUAUCGGGUGUUCAAGGAGUCCAAGGUGUCCAAGGAGUCCAAGGUGCCUACACUAGUAUCAGUGACGGAAGAUUCGCGAGGAACGACAGCAACGCUUCACCAGUUCCAUCAACAAUGUCGCAACAGACUGCAACGCAACAUCAGCAACCAAUGAUGAAUCCGGCAUUGCCACCCGGUUACGCUUAUUUUACUUAUGGAGGUAGUAUAAUGCCAGGAAGUUUUCAGUAUAGUGGACCUAUUUAUCCACAAAUGGCAACAGCGGGAAAUGCCGGCACAAACAGUGGUGCGUACAACGCUAAACCUGGUAGUUACGGUUCUGGUUACGGUGGAGGUGCGAGCUACGAUACACUCACUAAUGCUGGGCCGACUGGUGACUACAAAGGCGCUGGUAGUGGAUAUACUGGAACUCAGACUGGUAAGACUGGUACUUCGACGGGUAACAAUAAUUCAGGAGCAUCAUCAGCCACUGAUAUUGGCGCAACGAUGUACGCCAAAAGUCACGUUGCUCUUAGCAAAGUAAAUUCAUAUGACAAACAGACUUUCCACUCGGCAACACCGCCGCCCUUUGGUUUGACUGGCAACCAGACUGCAGGAAUGCCUGGUGGUUAUGGUGCUCCGCACUUGUUUAUUUCAACAAUGCCACAUACACAGCAUCUCCAUCAGCCAUUGCAUCAGGAUGGUGGUAGUAGCUCUGGACAAAGAUCUAAUACAAGCUCGCAAAAUAAAGCACAGGCUAAGCCCGGUUAUAGUUCAAACUACUGGACUGCUGGUAAUUAAAUGUUUUACACGAGAAAAAAAUUUUAAUUCUCGUGUCUUCCAUGUGCUUACUCAUGAGGAAGACGUAUUUAAAAAUUAGAGAAAUAGAGUUGGACGUUAAAAGAUUCAUAUACACAUAAUUGCGCGGAUAUGUACGCACGAAAAAAUAAAAAAACAAAAUUUUUUUAAAACUGAUGAAUAAAAAAUGAUUAAUAAAAAAAAAAAAAAUUGAAAACGAGCUAACAUACGCCUUCGCCGCCCGCGAGAUACACAGACUCGAAUGAAUUCGCCUAUUCGACUUAAGUGAUACUUGUUUAUUAUCCGUCUUUUUAUUAUUAUAGUUAUGUUUAUUUCUUUCGUGUAUUGUAGAAAAUUUUGUAAAGUGAACAUAUAAACAUGUCGGAUGAUACCAAUUAAUCAUCGGGAAUAAAUCAUUAAAAAAAGGAAAAAAAAAAUUUAUUAUUAUUAUUUUUUUUUAAUUGUCUGAUUUUUGUGUGGAAUUAAUGCUGCGAAAAAUAAAAAGUGCAAUCGCUAACUCGUGACCAUGUGGUUAGCGGUAGUUGUUACUAGCCGUUGAUUCUCAUUACUGAUGACUGAUAAUAUUUAAAUUGUUGAGUGAGAGGGCGGCUACGGUAUUUUGACACGUGGGCUCUCGUACUGUAAAUUUAAAUCCUGCUACACUGGAUUUUUAGAUUAAAUUUUCCUCGCUGUAGAUGACGAUUAUAAAAAAUCUUUUUUACAUAUUAAUAAAUACUUGUUUAGUAGUUGAUUUUUUUCUAUAUAUAAAAUCAGAGUGACAAAUUAUUAAUCAAUAUAUGCACUGAUUGCACUUUAAUAAAAGAUGACACCAAAAAUAAUGAAAAAAAAAAGUAAAUUAAUUAAUCAAAAAAUUUUUAUGAUAAAUCUUCCGUAGACUAUUCCAUUUUUUUUUCUUACGCAAAUUCUUCCUCGCCAAAUAAUGAUUACUUAAGUUUCUAUGUAUUGUUUUUUGUUCAUAUAACAAUUCUUAUAUAUAUACAUAUAUAUCUAAUAAAAAAAACUAUAAUUAAUUUAUCUAUAGCGAUUUAUUGUAAAAGAUCCGUUGAUAAUAUCAUUUGUAUUGCUCUAUCUAAUUAAAUUACUGUUUAAUAUCUAUGAUUAAAUGUUUGAUAAUGCACGUGAGUUGUUAGUUAUUUCGCUUUAUUUAUUAAGUAUUAAUGGUAGUACGAAUAAUUAUUAUUUUUCUAACGAUUGAAACAAUGACCAAAGCAAGAGAAAGAAAACUAAAGGAUCGUAUAAAAUUUAUAAUGAAUUAUCUGCUUGGCUUAUCGCGGAGAAAAUUUAAUGACGAAGCGUAUUAUUAUUAUUUUUAUUGUCGGUGUCAUAUGACUCUGAAUAGUAUCGAGAGUCCUGUGUUUUAGUAAACUUGUAUUCAAUUUAUUUCUUCUGUAAUAAUUUAAUCAAAUUUAUCGCUCGAUAAUUGUUAUCCUCGAGGGCGAAGGAUUAUGAGAGACAAUUUUGUUUCCUAACAAAGUAUAUAUAUAAAAACAAAAAAAAUAAAUAUACAAAAAAAGUAGCUCUUAUUAACUAAAAAAAAAAAUAAGGAAAAGAAAUUUGUCUCAAUAAUAGAAAAUAGUAGAUUACACACCUAGGGAGAAAAGUAGGACAUUUGAACCCUUGUGUAUAAUUGACGAGUCGAAGACGCGGAUUGGGGUGUCCUAUUUCCCUCUAUGGUCUGAAUCAAUUUUUCACCAGGACUGUACCUGAAAGUUUAAAUUUUUGUCUCUAUUUAUUUCCCGAAAUAGAGUAGGAAUUUAAACUUUCAGUGCAGGUAUGAUGAAAAAUUAAUAUAUUACACAUCUAGGGAGUAAAGUAGGACAUUCUAAGCCGUGUGUAUAAUUGACUACUCGAGCCGGAUAGCAAACACGUGAACUGGGACGUCUUACUUUCCUCCGUGGUGUGAAUAAAAUUUUUCCCUAGAUCUGCAUCUGAAAGUUUAAAUUUUUGCAUAUGAAAAAAUGGAUUUUUUGUCACAUUUAUCAACAAUUGAUUACAUGUCGAAAAAUUGUCGGGCUAAAAAGUCAACAAUUUUUUUUGACUUAGGUUUUUCUCGUAAGAGAACAGAACGACAUUCUUUCCUGUAAACAGGGCAGGAAUUUAAACUUCCAGCGCAGAUAUGGUGAAAAUAAUUCUUCUUUUUUUUAUACAAUACAACAAAAAAAUGUAUAUGAGUAGAAAAUGAUAAAAUAUUAGUUUAUGGAGAAGAAUAUAAAAAAUUAAUAUUAAUAUUGACCAAGUCGUCUCAUCGGCACGUUCAACGAGGCUUAUUUAAAAGCAACCUGUUUUGAUCUGGCUGGUUUAUUCAAUUGUAUAAGGAAAUAAUUAAAUAAGACUCCAUACUUACGUCUUUAGUAGACAGACUUAUUGAUAUAUAAUUAAUUAAUCAACAUCAAGACAAACCAAUAACGUCUACUAUGAUCCUGAUAGUGUUGGCAGCUUGGUAAUGUGCCCAUUUACCAACUUGUCAAGUUAAAUUAUCCGAUCUGUACUUAUUAUGUACAACGACAGCUCCAGCUUUUUAAAUCCCAUUCAUAUAUUAUACAUAUAUAAAUAUACAUAAAAAAAAAAAACACUUAAAUUUCACGCUCGCACGUAUAUACUAAAUUUACAAAUCAUGUUAAGUUAAAUCAUGAGCCAACGUCAUGGAUGUAAAAUAUUCAUAAAAAUUGAAUUUAAAAAAAAAUGAAAUAAUGAAUAUAAAUUUUCAAGGAGAGAUCAUUUGUUUCUUUUAUUAACAAGUAUUUUUUUUAAAUUAAGUUUUAUCAUAUAUAAUGUAAUACGUGAUAAUACGUGAUUGAUAUUUGACAGGCAGUAUGUAGUAAGUGUAAUGUACGAUGAAAAUAAUAAAAAUAAUAUCGAAUUAAAAAGUGCAAGUUGAUUACAGUAAUACUUUUAAUAGGUACAACACGAAUAAGUAAUAUAAUAAUAAUAAUAAUAUUAAUAAUAAUGAUAAUGAUAAUAAUUAAUACAUGAUAAUAGUAAGACUUAAAAAUGUGUUUGAUACUGAGACGGCGGCGGUUUGUUUCUCAUAAUGAUUAUCAUAACUUAAUAAUUUUUGUAUUUUUGUCAUAAAUUUAUCGAUCAAUUGAAAGUGCAAAAUGCAUUAUGCCACUACCGCUAACUAGUAUGUA